GGAAGAGUCCGCCUGACAACAACAGUCUGAACUCUGCUGGAUGUUUGUGCUCUGAUUCCAGACGAGGUGAAGAUGAAGCGCUCCCUGGGGAUCUGCCUGCUGGUCUGCUCCACUCUGAUCGGACUGGGGUCGGCCAUUCGCUGCUACAGCUGUAAGGACUACACAGCCAGCUGCUCCAAACAGCGAGACUGCAGCUACGACGACGCCUGCCUCACGCUCAAUGAGAGAGGUGGGAUGACCUACCGCCAGUGUCUCAAGUAUUCAGACUGCGAGUACAGCCGACUGGCCCAGAUGUUCCCCCAGGUGUCCAGCUUCACCUUCAAGUGCUGCAACUCUGACCUGUGUAACUCCGCCCCCUCCUCUGCGGCCAGCUCUGUGAUUGGUCUGCUGGCCUCGGUGCUGGUCAUGUGGUGGUGCGUCCACUGAGGGCCCGGCGGCGCCCCCCGGUGUUCACCUGUAACAGCAACAGCUACUCUAACGGAGUUAUGGAUCACACCACAGCUAACUGAUCACCCAUCAAUCACUCUGAUCACAUUCACACACAGCAAUAAAGGCUCUGAUUGGUCGAUCUGAUGAAUAUUUAUUUCUGAUUAUUGAUCCAGGGAAAAUUUUCUUCUUUCAGUCUGGCGGAUGAAAAAGAUGAAGCUUUAAAAUGUGUAAUUUCUGUAUUUGAAUGAUUGUUUUUGGAGGAAAAACUUCCAGCUAAAAUGUAACUGAAGUCAAAUAUUCCAUAAAUAUUUGUUAUUUCUGUUAGAGUUUGUCCUGUUGUGUGUUCGCUGUUUCCUGAGGAGCACAGGAACACUAAGUUUAUUCAUGAAUUGCAGAUCAGCAGCUUUACCUGCAGAAACCUGGACGAUAAAACGUCCAUCGCUCUUUAACUGGGUUUGAACCGACCGCUGACCUGGAACCAGCUUCGCCUGCCUGUAAAUGACUUUCAAUAAAUAAAGCUUUCAAAACGGA